GACGACCAAGUUCAACAUGAACAAUCAUGAAUGUAACCGGCAGAUGCCGAUUUAUCAACGGACCCGGCCCUUCUGGCCGCAGUGAUCCCCAGUUGGUGGCACCUUCCUGAACGCGUCGCAACGCCCUUGACUCUCGCCACCGUCGUCGUCUGCGUCAUCAUCGCCGUAGCCGCCGCUGUCCCCAAUCACCCGUCCUACCGCCAUCAUGCCCGCCGAGCCAGCGCGCACGUAUCUGCAGCCGCAGAAGUCGCCGUCGCGUCAGAGCCUUAGCCUCCGCAAGUCGAGCGCCUCUUUGCGCGGGCUCCCUGACGAGAAUGCAGUCGGCCAGCACUCUUUGGCGCACGAGCUUGCUGUCGCGCUCAUGCCUGAGCCUAGCGCGGGUUCGCGUCUGUUGGCAGAAGAGUUCGGCAUCGAGUACGACGAAGGGGCAGAGGGUAUUGACAGCGACCCGCACGCCGCGGAGGGCAAUCCGGACAUCAAUGUAGAGGAACCCUCCUUCGCCGAUCACUCUUUCGACGCCACGCAAGACGAAGAACCCUCGGAAGGCGCCACCGAGGAUGUGCCUCAGGACAUGGACCCCGAGUUUGGCGAGCCAGCGCCAGCACCACAAAGGGCCCCGCGCGCACCAGAGCAAGAUCCUAUGCAGGUGCUCGCGCAGAACCUCGAGUCCACAGACAAGUUCCUCGUUCACCUCCGCACGGUAGAUUCCACCGACGCGAACCCCCUCCAACAUCAAUCCACGCUCGAGCGCAUUGCAGGGGAUGUCAUCCGUCGCUUGGAGGAGACGGUGCGGGAUCGGGAAGGCCAGGUGCGCGAGCUGCUCGAGUACGAACGCGAAUUCCGCAAGAUCGCGGGCGAGGUCGGCGGGAACGACGCGCUCAGUCACCUAGACGAGCUGCAGAACGACAUUGCGGAUGAAGUCGAUGCCCCCGCCACAUCGCCUACCACGUCCCGCGCGCCACGAAUGGAGGACAGCAUGCGCCAUUCGCACGGAGCGUCCGCAGAUUGGGAUGUCGAGGAACCAUCUCCCAGCACUUCCCCCACGACGACUACGUUCAAGAUACCCCCUCCACCCCCUAACCCUGUCGGUCCUCCAACUCCUGCCGCCACACUUCCCCACCUCACACAUGUCCGCACUAUCACAACAUCCCUUGUCGCGUCCCUCACGACGAUAUCGGAGCAGGCGCAGGUGACGGGAGCGGCUACGACCGAUGCCGGCCGACGCCUACGCGCGCUGAAGAACAAGCUUGGCGGUUGGAGGACAGAAUGGGAGGCCGCGGAGCGAAGUCGGCUGAAGAUAGAGAAGUGGGAACAGGACAUAGCACGGGGUGCCGUUCCCAACCGGCGGCAGGAGGUUGAGGAGCACCUCAAAGCCUUCGAGCUUGCACUCAAGGACGCUGGCCUUAAGACCGACGCCAUCAUGGCUGCCUCAUAGACGGAUCGUACAUCGGACGUCGCCUCAGUUUCGCGUCAUGCUGAGGCGGCGUCCAUCGCUACCAUGUACAUAUCUUGAUUUGCUCGUCUGAUUUAUUGACAACAUUGCUAUCCCUUCGUCUAUCUCACGAUUUACAUACACUUUCGCCAUUGUCGUCUGUGUACAUGCUCUCAACCCCCCACAAGUACAAUACCAACAUCUGUAGUCAGUCACAAGGAAUAAAGUAACCUCGGAGUCGGAACUUU